AAGCACCAAAAACUUCAGGUAUCAUAAUUAUGGCAACAAAGCAUGUUACUGAUUUUCCAUCGCCACCACCAAAUGAUGAGUCAGAUGAUAGUGAAGAUCAAGAUUCGGCCGAUUCCAGUUCUCAACAGGCUGAAGGUCCAAAGGUGGCCAGUAAUGUCGCAGAGCUACUGAAAAGACUCCAGUCUACUGGUGCUCUUAUAAAGAAACCUAAACAAGAGCAUAGGUGUCACACUUGCGAGGAAGAUUUUUCCGAUUGGGACGAGCUAGAGAAGCACCUAAUCCAACACGUUUCCCUGCCGUCUGUCGUGAUUGACAAGCUGCCUUCCGACGACGAGUAUAGCCCGCCCUCUGGGGACGAAAACUGGUCCGAUGAAGAAGAGGAACCCCCAGCACCAUUUAAAGCUACCCCUCAAAAGCUACCAUCGAAUAUUUCUCAAAUACUCAAGAAUACGGGUAUUAUUAUCAAGAAAACUGACACAAAUACUAGUUCACAUUCAGCGUUGAACAAACUGAGUGGACUAGGUUUUACAAUAAAGAAGAAUAGCACGCCAAUAAAGCAAGAGCCCGGUUCCAAUGUUGCCCCGAAGAGCGAUGACCUGCAAAAAAUUAACAACCGCGGUCAAAUCAAACUAAAAUUGAAAUUUGGAAACAACGGUGAUUCUGUUAGAGUCGUGAACGGUUUAAAGGACUUCAAGACUUCAGAUGACGAAGACGAGGGAAGUGCAAAUGAAGACAGCAGAGGUGAUAACGACGAAGGACAAGAAGGCAAGCCAGGUGAGCAGGAAGGCUCGGCCGCGGAGAAUGAUUCCGGCGACGAACAACCCGACAACGCUAAGGGCCAAGACAGCGACGAUUCGGAUGGUCUAGUUGAAAAAGCAAUUGCUAAGGCUAAGAUUUCAACUGCGUUAAAAAGACUACAGCAGAACGCUACAGCAAAAGCUGAAACAGUACCGGCCGCCCCAAUAAAAACAGUUCCUAUGCAAAUAAAACCAUCAGGUCGACCAGUAAUAAAACAAACGCCUAAAAGAGGCGAUAAUCUACCGAUGUUGGCUAAAAUAGCCCCUCAACAAUCAAUAGAAACAUCUGCACCGGUAACCGUGGCAUCGGUUCGAACGCCCACUCCCGAGAAGCGUCCGUCACAAGAACAAACCAUGGAGAACGUGAAGGUGAAACAAGAGGUCGAAAGCGGCGACCAUCAACCACAACCGAGUCUUCCUUUAUUCUCUGGUCAGAUAAAGACAGAGAGAAGCGUCACUCCUUCUCUUGACAGGAACAAUUGUUCCACACCAUUAAUAGCAAUUGUCAAAGACGAUCCCGACGGAUCCUCAAACCAGCCCUCUCAACCGAUAUUUUCGGACAGUAAAACAGCUCCCACAAGUGCGACGGUGCCACUACUUCCCGUCACGAAAAUAGAAGACACUGGACCAACGAUUAUAGAGAUCAAUGGCGAUUCUAAUGACGAGGACGACGAUUGUUGUGUCGUUUCAACGACGCCGGCGCCCGAUAUUAAACCGAUCGUACCUAAAAUCGAAAACGCACCGCUCGUGUCCUGUCCCUCGAUCUCGCAAUCGUUUCAAAGCUCUCAGCCCAGUUACAAUAACUCUGGGCAUUUAUCGCCGAGAAUAACAACGGCUCCGUCUUUAGAGAAACAACACAAUUUCAACUGGAACGCGCCGGAUUCGAAACCGCACCUGAACUCCAUGAACAUCUUGGAUAAUACGGCAGAUGAAAUAUUUCAAAGCUUAAUAGCUAAUUCUGCGAAGAAGGAAAACCUCUCUUUGUCGGAGGCCAGUGAAUACGUUUCGCUGGACACACUUGGACCCCAACACACUUGCGAUGUCUGCAACACCAGGUUCACGGAUAUAUCGCUGCUUGACAACCACAAAAGAUUGACAGGACACACGAGAAGCCUUAUCACUCCCUCUUCGUCGACAUUGAUGCCGUAUGCUCAAAAUUCCAAUAUAUUAUCUAGUUUACUACCUGUGAAACAUUUGGCCGAUCAAGUCGGAAAACUGUCAAGUAUAGGAGGCAGCGGUCCCGGGUUCACGCAUCAGCAAAACGUUAUGAUUAAUAUACAAGCCUAUCCUGGAGGAAAUGGUGUAAUGGGACAAGCGCCUCCGCUAUAUAAUUAUUCAAGUGGACAAACUAUGGGGUCGCCGUUUUCGCAGACUUCUAGUAACAUGUACAGCGCGCCCGGGCCGCAGCAGAUGCCCGGCCAAUACCCUGGUCAGAACACUUACAUGGGUCAGCAGGGCUACGGACAAUUCCCCACUUCGAUGCCGAAUUCGACGUAUCCGGGUACAAAGACAGAAAAUUCAUAUUCUGCUGCAUCUUCCCAAUAUUCUACGGCCUCGCCACUUCAAAGCAUGCAACAGGCUGUUUACGGUCAAUCGUCUGGUUUAAUGAAUACACAAGGUCAAAUGGGUCCUCCAGGAUCCAUUCCAUACAUCCCGUCGUCAAGUCCGAGCGGUUCGAUGAAACCGCCUCAAAAUACCGCCAUUAAGAUACAAAAUGUACAGACGUUCCCUGCUAAUCAGAUGAUGGGUAUGUCUGGUCAGGCAGGGUCAACAGAAAUGCCACCGCCACAGCAACCGCAGCAUCAGAUGCAACAGCAGCAGCAACCCACGCCCGGGCAUGCGAUAAACCAAAUGCCACCGCCAGGUCAAAUAAGGAUGGCUCCGGGCGCCCAAUUAGUAAAUAUGCGACCACGAAUGCCCACCGUUCGUGGUCAGAGACCUUCUAUUCGACCAGGAAUACAAGUUCACGGACAAGUACGAGGCGUAAAGCCUGGCACACGGAUGCCGUUGAAAAGACCUGGAAACAUGGGUCCCGCGCCUACCAUGAAAAAGCGGCCUAACAUGCUACUACCUGACAAACAUGACAAUGAGGACUGCCAAGUAAUGGCGAUGCAGAAACAGCGCGAAGGCCUACCCAUGAUCCACAGCGUACAGGGCGCGAAAGAUAAAAUCGGCAGCCAAAUUUCUAUAACCAAGAAAACUGUGAACAAAGAGGCUAAUGCAAUGGCGAACGUGCUGGCAUCUCGCGGUAUUAGCAUAAAACAGAAACAGAAGAGUAGAUCGCCGACACCCGAGCGACCUAUACCGCAUAUUCCGAACUUAGGGGCCGGGGUCAGCAUCAAGCAUACCUCUAAAACGAGCAGCUUUUCCAUUCCCGAAGCGAAAGUCGGAGGCGGAAUGCUCUCGUGUAAGAUCUGCAAGAAAAUGUUCAUGAACCACAACUCUUUAGCGGUGCACAUGACGAACGCGCAUCCCCAAUGUAAAUUGCCGAUAUUCAAGUGUGACGAGUGUCCGUCGUCGUAUCCAAAACUCUUGCAAUUGCAGCAUCACAAACGGGUGUUCCACAACGUGACAGGCCCGAACCGGGAGGUCGGGAUACCGGUCGUGGAUCUGUCACAGGAGGACAAUCUGAAGCGCUUGGGCAACUUAGGGAUAUACAGUUUCAUACCGUUAGCUAAUAGGGAACAGGACAAUGGUUGUUUCGGUAUACCUGUUGUGUCCGUGCACAAUAUGCAAAACGGUUUGACGAGUAGCCUUCAGGCGUUAGGUGCGGAUGGUCUUUUGAGUCUAGGCCCGCUGAAGCCGUUGCCCAACGCGUAGGUUAAUAAAAAAAACAUCAUAUUGGUUAACGUGAAUACAGUGUAUUUUUUUUUCCGAAUCGGUAGUACAUAAUGCCUUAAAUAAACAUUUCUUGAAUUUAAACUUUAAGUACCUUCUUAAUAUUCAUUAUAUCUUCACCCUUCCGUUUGCAAUUUAUGACUUGAAUGAGAGAUAAUGAGACUAAAUUUUUUUAUGAUGAUAAUGUAAUUUUUGUGUAUAUAUUCAUUUAUAUAUAAUAAAAAAAUUGUUGAAAUUUUGAAAAGAUAAAAUUUAGGCUUUUUUUUUUCAUUGUAAAUUUGAGUUUUGUGUUCCUUUGAGUGUUCUCAACUGUGACUGAUCGUUAAUAAGCGGCUGUAUUGUCGAACGCAUUAGCGAUUAACAUCAAUCACGAAAUUCAGCAAAAUGGGAAAUGAACCGACCUGCCUACCACCUGAAAGACGUCAAAUAACUUUGUGUGAUUAAAAUCGAUUUUACGGGAUUUAAUUUCGCGUUUAUUAUAAUUGAUUGUGAUAUUAUAUAAUAUAUCGUGAGGUGAAAGGUCAUUUGGCUUAAGCGCCAUUUUUGCAACUUUCAUAGGAGAACCAUUUAAAGUUUAAAAUUUUGCAAAAAUAAAUACACGAUAACAAAAAACUUCAACUAUUUGAAUGGAGUAAAGUUAUUAGAAGUUCAAUUAAAAACAUCGGACUGUUGAUGCUGAUAGCAAAUAAACUUAAUCAAAAUUAAAAAUGUCGCGUACCUAAAUAACCUUGCGGAUGCGUGACAGAUGAAAAUGAAAAUAAGCGAAAUGUAGCUUAUAACAAAAUUCAAUAGCUUUUCACCCCUCGAGACUCGAUCUUUCGGGACGCACCACAAAGGAGAAACUUAGGAAAAAAUAAACGCGAAAUUAAAUUAGACUAUUUAGUUACUGUUGAAUAUAAUGUAAAUAUUAAUAUGACCAUAUCGUGAGGGUUGCAAACUGGAAAAAAAAUCCGUCAACCACGGAGAAUGCGAACGAAACACAUAGAUGGCGAUCAAAACAUUGCAAAAGCAUUGUGGUCGGUGUUAGAAAUCAAGAAAUAAGAUAAAUACGACCACUGAAUAUAGUAGUUUUAAGGUAAACUGUACUAUUUUCAUACAUUGUAAACUAGGAUUGUAAAUAUUUGAAUAGAAAAACUAAAUAUAUGUUUAAGAUAGUUAUAUUCAUGGAUUUGAAACUCUUGAAUAAUUCGCAAAUGAGUAUUUUACCCUGUCUUAUCUAGUCUGCCCUUUUGGCUUUUCGGGUUUUGGUAUCACAAAAUUUUGAUAAAGUAACUGAUUACAUUUUACAAAAAAAAAAAAAACUAUAUUUAUGACAUUGCUAAGAAAUUUCAGUAAAACAUAAUUUUAGUUUCCCUACAAUGUCUCGAAAGUAGACAAAUGUAAGAUAUUUACGGUUAUUGGAACGAAGUUCCUUAUCGCGCGUUGUGAAAGGGGGCUAGACGGAAAAAAUUCUUACGAAAAGUUGUCACGACACUUUUUAGAUCCGUCAUUCUGACCAAUCAACGUGUAGGCGCUUAUCGCGUGACAUUGCUCGUAUCCGAUUGGUCCGCGUAAUGAGUACAGUUUCUCAAAAUAUAGCGUUUCAACAAUAGUAAUUUAGUUCAUAGUAUUGUUUUUUUUUUCUUCAUAAUGCCGUAAUUUAUUAUUAUAACUUAAAAAAAAAAUACAAUUCCUUCACUAAUUAAUCGAAAGGAACUUCGUUCCAUCCGUGUGUCCCUUGACACCUCUGAAGUUUUUAUUUUUAAUGAUUAGAACAGGUUUUUUUUUUUAAAUCUAGAUGAACUAAAAAUUACCCUUAAGAUUUCAAUUUGAAUAUUUUUCUGUAAUAUUACGAAAUAGAUCUAAACGUUACUAUAAUAUCAUUUGUAUCAUUAUGUAAUCCAAUAUACCUAGAGUAAACAGUCUAAAGAUGCUUAAAAGUAAGUAAAUUUGACUUAUUUCAUUUAGUGUUAAUCACAAAAGCGUUUUAAUGAACAUGCCUUAUUCAUUUUAAACCUUAAAUAAGUACUUAGUUUUAUAAAUAUAAAAUUAAAAUAAAUGGCCCCUAAAUGGAAUAACAGUAAUAACAAUACUAUUGACACUGAAUUUUUUUUUUUCAGAAAUUUAAUAUUGUAAAUGAAAGAGGUCAAAAUGAACUGUGUUAUUCUGUUGUGUUGAGUGUAUAUGUUGAUGAAAAGACAUUUUAGACCGCUUUUUGUCUAAUUAAAAAUCAUUCUUUACAAUUAGAAUUUUCCUAGUUACUAAUCUAGAUUAUAUAAAUCUAAAAUCACUUAUAGGUUGUUUGUAUAAUUAAGGUUUAGUACGUUGUCAUUGUAUAAUUUAUUCCUAAUAUUGAGAUAGUUAUUAAAAUAAUUAGUAAUUUAAUGUAUAUACAAAACUAGUUUCGCUUUGAAAGUGAAAUUUAUUUAAUUCUUCUAACUUUAAAGUUACUCAGGUCGGAUCCGCCUUAAAUUUUAAACGAGGCAUUCAGGAUAAACUAAUUUAUCUGUUGGAUUCUUUUAACAGGUAAAGGCACGCCCCCUGCAGCCCCAAGUAUUGUAAUAAUGCUGUGUGUCUGUUGUAUGAUAUUGGAAUGAAAUUUAUUUUUGAAUGAAACAUUUAAUUUCAUUAUGAAAUGGUGUUUGAAGAAUUGAGAUAGGGCAGCACUUUAGUUGUGCUGGAUUAGGGGGCGUCCAUUAAUUACGUAAGGCGUUUUUGAGAGUUUUUUGACCCCCUCUCCCCCCUUGAUGAGAUAUCGUAAGAUUUUUCUCAACUCCCUGCCCCCUCCUCUAAUCUCACGCGAGAUUCUUCAAAACUUCUAUUAGGACGGUAAACGUGUUGGAUUAUUGAGGAAAAAAAAAUUGAUCUAUUACUCUUAUUGAAGACUAGCAAAGACUUCGUGAAUAUUAAAUAAAAUUAAAUAAUGAAUAUCAAACGAAAAUUAAGAAAAUAUUUAUUCUAAUUCAGUCCAUGGAGACUCGUGCACGACCUCAAGAGUGACUACUGGACCCAAUUUAUCCAAGUAUUUUGUCAACACACCGUUUUCUGGAGAAAUAUAAUUACGUGAUAUUUGCCAAGAGAUCCCCCCAAGUGAGAUUUGGAAAGAUUUAGCUUGAUAACCUCUACCCGCCCUAAAACAGCUCACGUAAUUAAUGGACGCCCCCUUAGAUUAUAAAAAUAACAUCUUAAUAAAACUGGGAAUUUACUGAGAUUUUAUUGUACUUUUUGGAAGAGCCCUAGAAACUUCAGCGAUUUUGUUUUUAUUUUGUCCAGCUUGCAAACUUAGGCCCUAGAAGGUUAAUUAGCUACCAUUAUUACACCCUCAAACCCCGAGAAAUACUAAAAUUUACAAAAUAAAAUAAUUCCCAAAAUGUGACACAUCGCGUUCCCGCCAAAUUCGCAAACCAGUAGUAAGGAGUAACCAGACAAAAUGCGUUUUUAGUACGACCUGCUACAUACUAAGACUUUAUUAUUUUAAUUAUUAAACUACAUUUUAAAUUAAGUAGUGCAUCGUGGAUGAAUACAAUCCGUUCAGUUAAUUAAACUUUCCAAACUAUAAUUUCGAAUAAGUGGUAGGGGCCAUCGAUAUGUUGAAAUACUAUUUUUUACACAAAUAAAUAGGUUUAUAAAUAUGAGAUAAUUAUUAUUUACGUUGUGUUAUUAGUUAAGUAAGUUUUAUAUUUGAGUUUAAUAGAAAACAAAAUCUAUCGAUACUGAUACCAGUUGUCGAAUAUGGAAAUAAAUGAUAUACAUAAGUAAAUAUAAAUAUCGAU